AUGUCCAAGAUGUGGGAAAUCGACCCCGAAACCCGGCGCAAGCUCCUCGAGCUCCAAAAGAAGCCCGGCAACAACGCCUGCUGCGACUGCGGCGCCCCCGCCCCGCAAUGGGCCAGCCCCAAGUUCGGCAUCUUCAUCUGCCUCAGCUGCGCCGGCGUGCACCGCGGGCUCGGCGUGCACAUCUCGUUCGUGCGCAGCAUCACCAUGGACUCGUUCAAAGCCGACGAGAUCCUGCGCAUGCAGAGCGGCGGCAACGCAAAGUGCAAGGAAUUCUUCGAGGCCUCGGACGGCUUCCACAAAGACAUGAGUAUCGCCGACCUGUACAGUAGCAGUUUCGGCGAGGACUACAAAGAAAAGCUCACCGCGGACGUCACAAACACCCCCUGGACCCGCCCCACGCGCCCCGCCGGCACCACCACCGCCCGCACCACAACACCCACCCCCCUCUCCACCGCCGCCCUCUCCUCCUCCUCCUCCCCCCCACCAACAACCAAAGACCGCAACGAAUCCUUCUUCGCGCGCCUCGGCUCCGCCAACGCCACCCGCCCCUCCGACCUGCCCCCCUCGCAAGGCGGCAAAUACGCCGGCUUCGGCUCCUCCCCCGGUCCUGCGCCGCCGCCAGCGUCAGAGGCGCCGACGCUCGACGAGUUCAGCCGCGACCCGGUCGGCGCGCUGACGAAGGGGUUUGGCUUCUUCGCGGGCACGGUGGCGCGGUCCGCCAAGAGUGUUAAUGAGGCUGUGAUACAGCCGACGGCGGCGAGGAUUGCGGAGGUGGAGCUGGCGAGGAAGGUGCAGGAUGGGGUGGGGUCGCUGGGGAGGCUUGUGGAGGGAGGGGCGGGGAGGGGAGCGGCGCAGUUGCCGGAGGAGAGGAGGGCGUUUUGGGAUUCGUUUGGGGAGGAGGGGGGGAGUGGGGGGGGGAGGGGGCAUAGUGCGUUGGGGACGGGGGCGGUGAAGAAGGGGAUGGGGGGUGGGCUUGGGCAGGGGGGGAGCGGGGGGCAUGGGGGGGUGAAUGGCGGGCAUGGGGGUGGGGCGAAGAAGAAGGAUGGGUGGGAUGAUGAGAAUUGGGAUAAGUUUUAG